GCUAUGACUCAGAAACCUUGUUAGAAAAACUAGAAGAGCUUUCACUGCUGACGAUUCUUUCUCAGAAGUCUGAAGACUCUUGACUGACUCUGGGAGGAAAGGAAAGACAAAGGCAUUGUAAGAAAGCUGUUUUUACUUUGAGCUUCAUCAACCAUGGAGCUAACUUCAAUGGGAAUGGAUCCAACUGCUGAACGACAAUCUGUUGAUCCUCUCCAAUUUGCCAGAAGCUAUCAACUGGAAGCAUUGGAGAAAGCAAUCAAGCAAAACACGGUGGUUUUUUUGGAGACUGGCUCUGGAAAGACUUUGAUUGCAGUCAUGCUUCUCCGGAGCUAUGCUUAUCUUUUCCGAAAACCUUCUUCACUCUUUACUGUAUUCUUAGUUCCUCAAGUUGUCUUAGUUAAGCAGCAAGCUCAAGUUGUCAGAAUGCACACUGAUUUGAGCGUGGGUGAAUACUGGGGAGAGCUAGGAGUUGACUUUUGGGAUGCUGCCACGUGGCAACGUGAAAUAGAUAAACACGAGGUGCUUGUGAUGACACCAGCAAUUCUCCUUCGUGGUUUGAGGCACAGCUUUUUCAAAAUAAACAUGAUAAAGGUUCUGAUAUUUGAUGAAUGCCAUCAUGCAAGUGGAAACCAUCCUUAUGCUUCCAUUAUGAGAGAGUUCUACCAUUCCAACCUUACAUCUGGUGUAGAUGUAUCCAAUCUUCCAAGGAUUUUUGGGAUGACUGCAUCCCCCAUAAAGUCAAAAGGUGCAAAGUCAGCUGAUAGCUAUUGGAAUCAGAUUCAGGAACUUGAGACCAUUAUGAAUUCAAAGGUGUAUACAUGUGUUAAUGAAUCAGUGCUUGCGAAGUUUAUACCUUUUUCUACUCCAAAGUUUAGAUUUUAUUGCAAUACGGAAAUUCCUGCUAAUUUACACACACAGAUAAUGGAGAAGUGGGAGCUUCUAAAAGUGGAGCAUAUACGGUCUUUGAAUGAUUUAAAUCUCAAGAGAUCUUCAAUGAAGUCUACAACAAAGAAAAUAGAAAAAAUACAUACUUCUUUAAUCCAUUGUUUGGAUGAACUGGGUGUGUGGUUGGCUUUAAAGGCAGCACAGUAUUUAUCCUCAAAUGAAAGUGAUUCUCUUCUCUGGGGGAAAUUGGAUGUUGUUGGUGAUAAAAUUGUUAAACGUUUCAGUUGGGAUGCAUCACAGGCACUUGCUGCCCAUAUUCCAUCUGGUCCAGAGUGGACAAUCUCUGAUAAUGUGGAGGGAAAUGUUGUAGCGGGGCUCUUGACCACAAAGAUUGUUUGCCUCAUUGAAUCUCUUCUAGAAUACAAGGAUGUCGAGGAGAUAAGGUGCAUAAUUUUUGUGGAAAGGGUUAUUACAGCCAUUGUGCUUCGAUCUCUAUUGAGUGAAUUGCUUCCCAAGGACAUUAACUGGAAGAGUGAAUACAUUGCUGGAAACAACAAUGGAUUGCAGAGCCAGAGUAGAAAGACUCAACAUGAAAUUGUACAAGAAUUCCGCAAGGGCUUGGUGAACAUAAUUGUGGCCACAUCAAUUCUUGAGGAAGGUUUAGACGUUCAAAGCUGCAAUUUGGUCAUUAGAUUUGAUCCUUCAUCCACAGUUUGCAGUUUCAUACAAUCUAGAGGACGUGCCAGAAUGCAAAAUUCGCAUUAUGUACUUAUGGUCAAGAGUGGAGAUGAUUGUACACAUUCUCGACUAGAGAACUAUCUUGCUAGUGGAGAUAUGAUGAGAACUGAGUCCUUGCGCCAUUCUUCUGAUCCUUGCUCUCCUCUUGAAGAUGGUCUAUAUGAAGAAUCAUAUAGUGUUCCAAGCACAGGGGCAGUUGUGACGCUUAGUUCCAGUGUUGCUUUGUUAAACUACUAUUGCUCACGCUUACCAUCAGAUGGGUAUUUUAGACCAGCUCCAAGGUUUGAAAUAAACAAGGAAAUGGGAAUUUGUACGCUGCAUCUUCCGAAUAGUUGCCCUGUGAAAACUGUAUAUGUGGAAGGAAACAUUAAAAAUCUAAAGCAGAAGGCAUGCCUUGAAGCAUGCAAAAAAUUAUACGAAGUUGGUGCUUUGACAGAUCAUCUUGUUCCUGAUAUUGUAGCAGAAGAGGCUGCUGUGCAAGAAUUGGGGAAGGAGCCAUAUAAUGAUGACCAACCAAUCUAUUUCCCAGCUGAACUGGUCAAUCAUUGUACAAACAUGUCCGAAACUAAGUACUACUGCUACUUGAUAGAGUUGAAGCAGAACUUUGAGUAUGAAGUUGGCGUUGAAAAUAUUGUGCUUGCAUGUAGGACUCAACUUGAAAAUGACAUCAUAAAUAGGAGCUUUGAAUUAGAUGUUAAUCGAGGUACAAUGUCAGUUAAAUUUAAAUCAAUAGGAGCCAUGGAUCUUAGUCGAGAAGAGAUUCUCUUCUGUAGGAGGUUUCAGAUCACCCUGUUCAGAGUUCUUCUGGAUCAUAAAGUAGACGGACUAAAGGGGGUUCUAGAUGGAAUUAAGUUGGGGGAUGAUCUUGAAAUGGAUUAUUUGGUUCUCCCUUCAACUAGUUCAAAUGGUAAAGAUUUGAUCCACUGGAACUCGGUUAAAUCUGUUGCAUUUUCUUGUGAAGAUGCUUUGGAGGGUCAUGCAAACUGCAAUCCUGGAGUUUUACAAACAAAAAGUGGUCCAGCAUGCUUAUGCAUGAUUCAGGAUUCAUUGGUGUAUACCCCUCAUAAUGGUUAUGUCUACUGCAUAACUGGUAUCUUAAACGGCUUAACUGCAAAUUCACUUUUGAGCCUGAGGAAUGGAAAUCUUAUAACGUACAAGGAGUACUAUAAACAUCGGCAUGGUAUCCAGUUAUGUGAUAGUGAAGUAUCAUUUCUGAAGGGAAAACACAUUUUCCAUGUGCAAAACCACCUUCACAGAUGCCAAAGGCAGAAGGAGAAAGAACCAAUUGGCGCAUCUGUCGAAUUGCCACCAGAACUUUGUCAGAUCAUCAUGGCCCCAAUAUCUGCAAGUACACUUUAUUCUUUCACAUUCAUCCCAUCAAUUAUGCAUCGACUUGAAUCUUUGCUUCUUGCUGUCAACUUAAAGAAGAUGCAUCUGGAUGAUUUCACACAAGAUGUUAUUAUUCCAACCUCAAAGGUUUUAGAAGCAAUAACCACAAAGAAGUGCCAAGAAAAUUUUCAUUUGGAAUCACUGGAGACUCUUGGCGACUCUUUCUUGAAAUACGCCGUGAGUCAGCAGUUGUUCAAAACAUAUCAAAACGAUCACGAGGGUCUUCUCAGUGCCAAGAGGGAAAAAAUAAUUUCAAAUGCUACUCUCUGCAAGCUAGGAGUGGAUCGGAAACUACCGGGAUUUAUCCGUACUGAGCCUUUUGAUCCUAAGAGUUGGGUGAUUCCUGGUGACAAUUCCAGUAGUUCUAUAUUGAAAGAGGACUUGCUUCCUGAUGCGAGAAAAAUUUAUGUCAGUGGACAAAGAAAGGUUAAAAGGAAGACAGUUGCGGAUGUUGUUGAGGCACUUAUUGGUGUAUAUCUUAGCACUGGAGGUGAAUCAGCUGCCUUGGCAUUUUUGAACUGGAUUGGUAUAGACGUGAAUUUUACAGAUACCCCAGGUGAAAGGAAUUUCCAAAUCCAUGCUGAGAGGCAUGUUAACAUCCCUUACUUUGAGUCCCUCUUGAACUACUCAUUCCGAGACCCUUCACUCCUCGUGGAAGCACUAACCCAUGGCUCCUACACGCUAUCUGAAAUUCCAAUAUGCUAUCAAAGGCUUGAAUUUCUUGGAGAUUCUGUGUUAGAUUAUCUGAUCACCGUCCAUUUAUACAGCAAAUAUCCCAGGAUGUCCCCAGGAUUGUUAACUGAUAUGAGGUCUGCUUCUGUGAAUAAUGAAUGCUAUGCACACGCAGCAAUCAGAGUUGAAUUGCAUAAGCACAUUCUUAAUGCUUCGCAAGACCUCCAUAACCAUAUUGUUAAAACUGUUGAGAAGUUCACGGAAUCAUCUCCAGAAUGCAGUUUUGGAUGGGAAUCUGAGAUAUCAUUCCCCAAGGCACUUGGAGAUGUGAUCGAGUCACUUGCUGGGGCGAUAUUCUUGGAUUCAGGAUGCAACAAGGACAUUGUUUUCCAGAGUAUAAGGCCACUGUUGGAGCCCUUGGUUACUCCAAAGACGGUGAGGAAACAUCCUGUAAGCGAGCUUACUGAGUUGUGCCAGCGGGAACAUUUUGAUCUAAGAAAACCUAUAGUAUCAAGAGACAACGGUGUAGCUUCAAUUACUGUGGAGGUGGAAGCAAAAGGGAAAAUGUUUAGCUGCACGCAAUCUGACACGGAUAGAAAGACAGCCAAGAAAUUGGCUUCCAAAGGAGUUUUGCAGGCUCUCAAGGAAAGCCUUGGCAGGACCUGAAUGUUGCAACCAAACUUGGGAAUAGUCUGCAUUUGGCCUUCCCAAGUUUGAGAAAUGGAGAUCAUGUGGGAGGUGGAGUCAAAAACUAGAGAGUAUGGUGGUUGUGAUAAGUUGUUUUGUUUUGGGGAAUAUAUUUUGGGGUCAAAGGGGAAAUUGAUGUGAUAUUUCUUGAAAGUACAAUGCAAUGCUCCAUUGGAACAUCGAUUUUGAAUGGAACUACUGGUUCUAUUCGCAUGUGGUAAUACUCCAACUAAGAUGUCUUAUAAAAUAAGCUCCAACCA